AUGUCCUCAUCUAUGAGAAGAUUUUUGGAGGCGAUUGAUGAGUUGGAUUUGAGAGAUUUUUCCCUCCAGGGGGACCCCUUUACUUGGAGUGAGGGGUUGAAUGGUCAAUCCAUGACAAAACUGAAUCGGUUUCUGGUCUUUGAGGAUCAGGAAAGACAUUUUAGUGGGAUGGUGCAGUGUACUCUCCCAAGGCCGAUGUAUGAUCAUUUCCUAAUUUUGUUAGAUGGGGGUAGGGCGAGGAGAGGUCCAAUUCCUUUUCAUUUUGAAAAUAUGUGGAUGAAGAAGGAGGGGUUUAAGGAGUUGUUGAAAGGUUGGUGGCAAGGUUUCAAUUUUAGUAGGUCCUAUAGCUUUAUCCUAGCAGAAAAGUUAAAGGCAUUAAAAACCAAUUUGAAGACCUGGAACAAUGAUGUGUUUGGGAAAGUGGGGGUUAACAAGAGGUUGGCUCUAGACAAAGUUGCUUUUUGGGUUGAUCAGGAGCGGCUGAGAGUUUUAUCGGUGUGGGAGUUAAAGACUAGAAAGAAGGCAAGGGAAGACUUCAAGAAGUGGGCGCUUAUGGAGGAGAUCUCCUAG